AUGACCGGAAGUGAUGGUCACUUUGGACUUUGGAGGAGACGCAGAACGCUGCUGCUCGUCGUGUUAGGUGUGCUGUUAUUGCCGCAAGGGAUUGUCGCCGAUGCCGUGGCGCCUGCGUACUCAUACGCCGUAGCUCAAUCCUCAGACGUUGUGGUAGCUGGUGGUCUGGAUGGCCGUGUGUACGCUGUCAACGCCUGGUCGGGCGAAGUCUUGUGGUCCUUCGACUCCGGUGGUCCAAUGGUGGACUCGUCACACUGUGUGGCAGUAAACUCAGCCAUGACUCCAGACAUGCCACCUAACUAUCACUCGGCGACUGAAAACCCGCCUGAACAGGCAGAAGCCGACGUGGACGUCGACGGAAGCGUCCACGUCUCGACGACAGGCACAGAGGAUAAGGAAGUGGAGGAUCACUCGGUGAUUCAACAGCAAUCGACGUCAGUGGAGGCGAUGGCAGCCAGCGCGGCCUUUAUGUCGCAGUUGGUACCGUCCUAUGAUGGCAGAUUGUAUCAUUUCUCGAAGAGCAGAGUGAAGGAGCUCGGGAUGACAAUGGCUGAUAUCGUCAACGUGAACGGACCCGUGCGUGUGGCUGUGGAAGCUGCUAUCGGACCUAAUGUGGGCGAUUUUGCGGCGGAUAUUCUACUGUUUGGCGAAAAGAAACUGGAGAUGUUUACGUUGGAUGCCGUAAGCGGCUUUCGUCGCCCUUACUCGUCGUCUACAGUAUCAACUGCGAUGGCUAGGGAGAUUCUGUUCGGCCGCUCGGAGCUCACUACGCGUGCUGUACACCCUCGAAAUGCUUCAUUCGCCCGCUGUUUCAAGAUAUCAGAGUUUUUCUUGGACUUUGCGCUACAGGCUCACUGCUCAAUGGGGGACGGUGGUAGCAACAUGGUUCCUGAGAUUCUCGUGAUGCCAAAGGAUCCUAACUCUGCAUUGGAUGACGAAGGAUCUACCAUUGUGGCGUUUGAUCCGUGGACAAGUGAGCAGCUGUGGGAGCUCGAGAUUCCAGACUUUGAUGCCCUCGCUGUGUACGGAGUAUCAAUAACGCGUGGAGCCACAUUCUACAAGUGGAAAGUGGACGGUCCGUCCUCAACUGCUACACGUCGGACACGGACUCCAGCUCAGGUGGCAGAAGGUGGAUCGAAUCAGCGCCAACGUCGGAUUGAUACGAGUAACAAUGAGGAGCCAGCGGUCUCUGAAGAUCAAGAGCGGAACAAACAGGGCUAUAAUGCUCACAACCAACUUGUCCGUGUGGUUUCACGCACGUGGGACGCCAUGGAGUCGAAUUUUAGGCUGCGUGUUUUGGGUGACAACUACUUUCUCGAAUCUUUUGAAGACGACGGUGUGGCGGACCGUGGCACUAGCCAGGGCUCACGUGAUUUACCCACUUUCCAUGGGCGACAAGCCGACGAUGUCCACGGCCUCCAUGACGAGACAGGCCCUCACCGCCGUCCAAGAAUCUUCUGGGAGCCCAUUGUGAACGACGGCAAGCAAGGAGUGUUCAUCACGUACACUCACGUUGGGGCAAUGUUGCUGGGCGUAGCCACCUGUGGUAUCUUAUUAGCCUGGGGCUGCUACGUCAAGGGUUUGUCAGCCUCGUUAGCGCAGUCAGCUAUCAAGACGAUGGACCAGAGUCAGUUCUUUACUUCGCAUGUACACCGACUUGUCAUCCACCGUCCAGGAGAGGAUGACAUCAUCAUAUCAAGUGUAAUCAGUCGCUCGCUCAUGAUGAACGCACUGGGCGUGGAUGGCCAGGUACCACUGCUGGAGAAUGGCGAGUCUGUGAACAUUUUGUCGACGGAUUUUAACGUCAACGCUAACCCAGCGACCGAAGCCAGGCUGAUGGAAACAUUUUCCCGUCUAGCUGCCAAUGAAGCUGCAGCAAUCCUUCUCAACCGUGGACGUGUCGGUACUAAGCAGAAGCUUCUUGGAGUUGACUUAGAUGCUGAUUCCAACGCCACUACGGCUACGUCUUCAUCCUCUGUGUCGUCCCUGACAGAUAUGAUUGUCAAAGGUGUCGCUACGUCGUCGUCAACUGUCCAAAUUUCCAGCCAGGUGGGUUCACUUGCAGGCAGAAAAAGAUUUACUCUUCCCUACGCAGGCGACAAAUCACUGACGGAAGAGGACGUUGCGGACGUCUAUGAAGUGAAGAUGCUAUCUGAAGACGACGAAGAGUUUCUAUAUCCAGCUCCUGAUCACGUGUUCGACAAUGGCCGAUUCGAACUGGCCGAUUCAGACGAUGAUAUCUUCUUUGAAGGUGGGGAGGACUCUGGAGCAACCGUAAGUGGAGCGAAAUCAAUAAGCUCUUCUGGAGAAUCUACUACCGGAAGCUGCAGCAGCAGCAGUAAUAGUGACAGCUGUAAUAGCCACGCUGUGAACAAGUCAAAUGACAUGAACUCUAUGCGCGAAGGUAUCAUCACAGAUGAAAAGUCCGGUGAGGAAAAGUCCAAUGCCCAAGAGUCAUCCGAUUCUUCGUCAGCUGAAUCUGCUGUUACCUCUCCAAAUGAGGCAGAGGUUCUCUUCCCGUUUGUGUGUCAAAGUCGUUUUGUGAACGAGUUUGAAGAACUGUCAGCACUUGGCAAGGGUGGAUUUGGUCAAGUUAUGCUGGCUGAAAACCGUCUUGAUGGACGCAAAUAUGCGAUCAAGCGAGUUGGAUUGAACCUCAAGAAUCAGACAUCCACAACCUUGCAGAAAUUCUUGCGCGAGGUGAAGAUUUUGGCUUUAUUGGACCACUCGAACAUCGUGCGGUACUAUCAGGCAUGGCUGGAAAAGGUUGAAGAGGACACAAAGAGGACGCCUGCAGCUUCAGCUUCGGUUUCGUCCAAUACAAGCUCAUUCGGCGGUCUUGCCAAAGCAAAGAACUACUCGACUAGUAAUUUGCUUGCACCUAUUUCGGAGCUUGAAUUCUCGGGAAACAAGUGGCAGUUGGACACGUUUUACAGUAAUCGAAGCAUGACGAGUGACAAUGAUGAUGGAUUUGAUUGGGAUCGAGGUUCUUCUUCUGCAGUGGAAGGUGAAAAUGGAUGGAAGGAGGAAGAUCUGGUUGUGCAGAAUCAACCACGCACAAGAAUCCUACCGUCUCAAGUAUCUGCGUCCCCCUCACCAGGUAAUCAUGGAACUGGGGAGGAUUCUUCGUUUAAUGCGGCCGAUAAGUGCGACCACUGGCUGUACAUUCAGAUGCAGUACUGUGCAGGGCGCAACUUGGCCGAUUACCUUGCUGUGCCUACUCGUCCAAUGGAGUUAUCGCGGAUGUUGAAGAUCUUCGUGCAGAUUGCUAGUGCCUUAGCUCAUGUGCAUUCUUGCGGACUGAUUCAUCGCGAUCUAAAACCAGCGAACAUAUUCGUCGCUGACGUAGAGCGGGAUGAGAUUAAGCUGGGAGAUUUUGGUCUAUCGCGAUACGCUGCGAAUGUGAACAACCUGAAUGCUUCCGCGUCUCUGGAUGAUUCGCAACAAGGUCUUCCAGAGUCUGGUGGGCUCCGGGAAACUCCUCUGUCGACGUCGAUGUGGUCUAAUAUGUCAGAGAGCAACGAAGUCACAGCGGGCGUUGGCACGUAUCUAUACGCAAGCCCCGAGCAGGUUGCUGGCAAGAAGUACAACGCUAAGACUGAUAUUUACUCGCUGGGAAUGAUACUUUUUGAGCUGUGCCACGAGCGGUUUGGAACAACUAUGGAGCGGUAUAUCACUCUGCGCGAUGCCCGAGACAGCAAGUUCCCUGUUGGUCUUCGUGCGGCUAAGAGAUGUCCUGAGAUUCUGGACAUGCUUCGCAAGUUGUUGAGUCAUGAGCCGACCACGCGACCAACCGCCGAUGAGGUUGUUGAAUGGGGACAAAUGAUGUACGAAACGAGUCUUGCUCAGAAGGCCAUGGACGUUGUGCGCUCGCCUCGCAAUCUGGAUAUGGCAAGAGCCGCGGCUACUCACCUGAUGCCUGGUAUCGACCACUUGAUGGCCAGCGUGCCUAUCGAAGUGGUAGCCACGACCACAUUUUCACUCAAGGUGGAAGCUGCGAUGGAGCAUUGCAGUGGCGAGGACGGCGGAGAGCGCCGCUUGCCCAACCAUAAUUUAUUGAAGCAAGUGUGCGACGUGAUCGCCGGAGUGAGCAACGGUAAGGUCGAGAUCAAAAAGUGUGGACUGCACAUGGAGAGCGAGGGCGUGACGAUUCUCGAGUUCGAGCUGGACCCGCAGGCCGCACUGGCAGAUGCCCCUGACAGUGACGUGGAAGGCUCCGUGGUGGUGGCGAUUGAGGCCCUAGCUGGAGUGCAGAUUGUGCAUCGUGUGAACAAGAUCGCUUAA